ACGUAAUCGCACUCUCUCUCUCUCUCACAAUCCUUUCUUCUCCAUUCUUUUCUUUUGCAUGCGAUUCGGCUUUUAGCGGCGGCGAUGCUACAUUGAUUCACUGUUGAGUCUCCGGAAGUUCGAAUUUUGUUUCUGAUGAUGGCAUCUAGACAAGUAUCAAAUUCUAGAAAAUCUGAGUUUAGCAAGUUAAAGGCUGCUGACUCCCCUGCAUCUUCAACAACCUCUUCCUCAAAACCUUAUCCAGAGACAUCGGUGGAUAGCCACAGCUCCCCUACUUCUUCAUCUGCUCGAAACAAGCCUCUGUUACACUAUACAGGAAGUGUACCGCAUACUGCUGUGCAGUCCAAAGAAAAUGUCACAGUGACAGUUCGAUUUCGUCCACUCAGCCCACGAGAAAUCCGCCAAGGGGAGGAGAUUGCGUGGUAUGCAGAUGGGGAAACAAUUGUGCGGAAUGAGCAUAAUCAAUCAAUAGCUUAUGCCUAUGAUCGUGUUUUUGGGCCUACAACGACAACUCGCCAUGUCUAUGAUGUUGCUGCUCAGCAUGUCGUUAAUGGUGCUAUGAAGGGGACCAAUGGGACCAUUUUUGCAUACGGAGUGACAAGCAGUGGAAAAACUCACACUAUGCAUGGGGACCAAAGAUCUCCUGGUAUUAUACCAUUAGCCGUGAAAGAUGCUUUCAGCAUUAUACAAGAGACACCAAGGCGAGAAUUUCUCCUACGUGUUUCUUACUUGGAAAUUUAUAAUGAGGUUGUCAAUGAUUUACUGAACCCAGUAGGACAAAAUCUGAGGAUCCGAGAAGAUGAGCAGGGAACCUUUAUUGAAGGCAUUAAAGAAGAAGUUGUGCUAUCCCCUGCUCAUGCGCUUUCUCUUAUAGCAGCUGGAGAAGAGCACCGACAUAUUGGAUCCACAAGUUUUAAUUUGCUCAGCAGCCGGAGCCAUACAAUGUUUACCCUGACCAUAGAGAGUAGUCCCUUGGGUGACAAUAAUGAAGGUGAAGCUGUACACCUCUCGCAGCUGAACCUCAUUGACCUGGCAGGUUCCGAGAGCUCGAAGGCUGAAACCAGUGGUCUAAGGCGCAAGGAAGGGUCUUAUAUAAAUAAAAGUUUGCUGACUUUAGGGACUGUUAUAUCAAAGCUUACAGAUAGGAAGGCUAGUCACGUUCCAUAUAGGGACUCUAAAUUAACCAGGUUGCUUCAGUCCUCAUUGAGUGGUCAUGGACGUGUAUCUCUCAUAUGUACAGUGACUCCUGCAUCAAGCAGCUCCGAAGAAACACACAACACAUUGAAAUUUGCCCAUCGUGCAAAGCAUAUCGAGAUUCAAGCUGCACAGAACAAGAUAAUUGAUGAGAAAUCAUUAAUCAAGAAGUACCAGCACGAGAUUCGCCAACUCAAGGAGGAGUUGGAAGAGCUUAAACAAGGAAUUAAACCAGUUUCUCAGCUAAAAGAUAUUAGUGAAGAUAAUAUUGUUCUCCUGAAGCAGAAACUAGAAGAAGAGGAAGAUGCUAAAGCAGCUCUCUUGAGUCGAAUCCAACGGCUGACAAAAUUAAUUCUCGUGUCUACUAAAACUCCACAAACAUCACGGUUUUCUUAUCGUGUUGACCCUCGGAGGAGACACUCAUUUGGAGAAGAGGAGCUUGCUUACCUACCAUACAAGAGGCGGGACUUGAUGGAUGAUGAGAACCUUGAAUUCUAUGUUUCUCGUGAAGGGAAUCCUGAGAUUAUAGAUGAUGCGUUUAGAGAAGAAAAGAAGACCAGGAAGCAUGGACUGCUGAAUUGGUUGAAACAUAAGAAAAAGGACAAAAAUUUGGGGGGAUCAAGCAUCAGCGACAAGUCCAGUGCGGUCCAGUCCAACAUUACACCGUCAACUCCUCAAGGGGAAGGCAGUACUUUUCAUACAGAAUCAAGACUUUCAGAAGGCUCACCAUUGGCUGAUCAACUCUUAGAGCCUAGGGAAGAUAAAGAAGCUCAUGAAGACAGAUCUCAGGAGAUAGAGACACCUGAGACUAGAAGAAAAAUGAUCGACCAGAUGGUAGUACUGAAGGAACACCAAAAGAUUUUAUCUGAGGAGAUGGCGAUACAAUCAAGGUCUUUUAAACGGUUGUCAGAAGAGGCUGCAAAAGCUCCUCAAAAUGAAGAAAUUAAAGCAGAGAUUAUUAACCUUAAUGGAGACAUAAAGGCAAAAAACGACCAGAUUGCUAAGUUAGGGAAACAAAUUUUGGAUUUUGUAAUGGCAUCACAUGAUGCAUUGGAUAAGUCUGAUAUCGUGCAGGCUGUUUCUGAAAUGAGGGCUCAACUAAAUGAGAAAUGUUUUGAACUCGAGGUUAAAGCUGCAGAUAAUCGAAUCAUUCAGGAACAACUCAGCCAAAAGACACGUGUAUGUGAGUCGUUGCAAGAAGAGGUUGCAAACCUAAAGCAGCAGCUCUCUGACGCCCUGGAACUGGGAGAUAUCAGAUCGGUCACAAGUCACAUGCAACAAUAUUCUGAAACCCCAAACAAACAUGAGGAAAAGGUCAUACAAGCACAGGCAUUUGAGAUUGAGGAGCUUAAACUGAAAGCUGCGGAAUUAAGCGACUUGAAGGAACAACUAGAACUCCGAAACAAGAAACUUGCUGAAGAGAGUUCAUAUGCAAAAGAGCUUGCUUCAGCGGCUGCUGUUGAGCUCAAGGCAUUGUCUGAGGAAGUAGCAAGACUUAUGAAUCACAACGAGAGACUAGCAGCGGAUUUGGCAGCAGCGCACAAGAGCUCUGUUACACCACGAGGCAAGACCGGAAGCCUGAGGAAUGGAAGGAGAGAGAGUCUUAUAAAACGGAAAGAGCAAGACAGCUCGUUGGUGGAACUGAAGAGAGAACUAAGGAUGAGCAAGGAACGUGAAGUUUCAUUUGAAGCUGCUCUUGUUGAGAAAGCUCAAAGAGAAGCCGAGCUACAAAGAAUAGUAAAAGAGUCGAAACAAAGAGAAGCGUAUCUAGAGAAUGAACUUGCUAAUAUGUGGGUUCUUGUUGCCAAGUUGAGAAAAUCAGAAGGAGCCAAUUCAGAUGUAUCUGACUCAGUAUCAGAGACAAGACAAAUCGAUCAUUGA